AUGUGUCCUGGAGUGCGGGACUUGUCGGAUGGCGAACCCCCAUAUAGUGAACACCAAUCGGUAGGUGAUUAUGACAUUAAGCAAAUGAUCUCGAGCCAAGACGAGAGUAUUUACGACCUGUUUAUGAAUCUGAUACCGGAUAACAUAAUAGCGGCCACAUUUACGACACACUACACAGCACUGGUAGCCCUCGACCCCCACAACCUGACCCUGGGUUACAAGAAAGUGUCCGAACGAGCCUUUAAGCCAAAUAUGUUGGGUUUGUGUGUAUUCUCACUAAUACUGGGUUUUGCUGUUUUGCACUUGGAUUCAAAGGCAGACACUAUUCGCCAGUUAUUACACGAAACCAAUGCUAUUAUUAUGAAUUUAAUGAUGGGUUUAAUUAAAAUUAUGCCGAUCGGAAUGUUUUGUUGGAUGUGUGUAGAAGCGAUUAAAAUGAAAUCACCAGAAAAAGUUCUAGUUCAAUUGGGUUGGUUUUUUGGCACAGCUAUUAUUGGCCACUUGACUAUCUGGUUUAUUUUAUACCCGGUCAUAUAUGUGUCAAUUGUACGUAAGAAUCCUUAUAAAUUCUUAGUUAAUAUUAUUCCAGCAGUUAUUGUAGCGUUUGGCUCUAGUUCCAGUGCCAUGACUUUACCAGUUACAAUACAGUGUAUGGAAGGUAAAAAUAAAUUAUCCAAGCUAGUUUCGCAAUUUGUACUGCCAUUGGGAAUGACACUCAACAUGAAUGGCAGCGCAAUGUAUUACCCGAUGGCCACACUAUUUAUUGUUCAAAUGCAUGAUAACAUAUUGCUGCUAUUCUUACCUAACAACAUAUUUUCACUUAUUAUGACCAUGUCACUUCCGGGAGCCCCAACUGGUGGGUCAUCAGUUGUAACUUUUUUAGCCUAUUGUGCUAUAAUUGGUGUAAAUAAUCCGCUGGAUAUACUCGCCUACAUUAUGACAAUGGAUUGGCUAAUGGAGAGGUUACGUACUAUGACUAAUAUUAUGGGAGACUGUUUCCUUGCGGCUAUUAUACAAAAACGUAACAUUACUCAUAGGAUUAGCAUUGAAAGAGACUUAACCAUGUUACAUCUAUGGCUCGGUAUCAAAUGCCGUCAAACGCGUGUUGAAGUAGCCCAGGCAGAGGCACAUCCGGAUCCGCAUUGUUCUCCACCCGUUAUUAAGCCCAGUUUUAAUGAAUUAAUAGCUGGCAAUUCAAAUGAUAAACGAGCUGAAAACACCAAGAAGACGUCUGGAGUUACAAAUUACAAAAAGUAUGAGCCGGCUGUUAUACCCAGGGGUGAACCCGUAUUGUCCAGACAAAGACGACCUCCCGCUACCACAAACGAUGUGCCUAAACCAAUUUUGCCACCAUAA